AUGUUCAGGGGCGCUUGGAUGUGGCCCGGGAAAGACGCCGCCGCGCUGAGUAUCUGCUGCUGCUGCUGCUCCUGGGCUCCCAGGCCGAGCGACAAACCUUGCGCCGAUUCUGAGCGGGCGCAGCGAUGGCGACUGUCCCUGGCGUCCCUGCUCUUUUUCACCGUGCUGCUCGCUGACCAUCUGUGGCUGUGCGCGGGGGACCGGCCCCAGGGCAGGGAGCUGAGCGGCGCCAUGCGGCCGCCCUGGGGGGCCGGCCGCGAGCGGCAGCCGGUGCCUCCUCGCGCGGUGCAGCCGCUGUCACCGCCGUCGCCGGGCGAGCCCGGCGCGUCCUCGGGCACCUGCGGCCCGCGAUACAGCAACCUGACCAAAGCCGCCCCAGCCGUCGGCCCCGGGCCGGUCUGCGGCGCCGUCCCAGAGCCCACGGGGCUGGACGCAGCUUGCACCAAAUUGGAAUAUUUGCAGACACUUUUUGAACCGACCACCCCAGCUCCCCCUCUGCGGCCCCCCGACGCCCCUUUCCGUACCCCGGCUGAGUUCCCCUCCGCCAAAAAGAACUUGCUCAAAGGCCACUUUCGGAACUUUACUCUCUCUUUUUGCGACACCUACACGGUCUGGGACUUGCUGCUUGGCAUGGACCGCCCAGAAAGACUGGACUGCAGUCUGGACACCCUGCUGGGGGACCUGCUGGCCUUUAUGGCCAGCCCGGGCUCCGGGACCUGGGAGGUAUGUAGCAACUGCAUCGAGGCGUACCAGCGACUGGACCGACAUGCUCAGGAAAAAUAUGACGAGUUCGAACUCGUGCUGCAUAAAUACUUGCAGGCAAAAGAGUACUCUAUCCGGUCCUGCACAAAAGGCUGCAAGGCUGUCUACAAGGCCUGGCUAUGCUCAGAAUACUUCAGUGUGACCCAACAGGAAUGCCAGAGCUGGGUGCCUUGCAAGCAAUACUGCUUGGAGGUGCAGACCCGGUGCCCCUUUUUCCUCCCUGACAAUGAAGAAAUGGUGUAUGGAGGCCUCCCUGGCUUUGUCUGUACAGGGUUGGUUGAUACUUCACCAAAGCGGCCGGAAACCAAGUGCUGUGACGUGCAGUGGGUCUCCUGUGAGUCGGAGAAGAAGAAGUUCAAGGACUCUGAGUCCCCCAAAACCCACCACCAGCAAUUUCACCAUUCCUUUUUCCACUAUCACCAACCGUACCAACACUACCACCCCCGCCAUGAUCCCCCCAACCGUGCCAGCAACAAACCCGACCUGCUGCUGGUCUCUGGGGGCUCCUGCCUCAGUCCCAGCAGGAUCCGGCUCUGUGUCCUUGUUCUUAUACUCCUCCAUACCGUAGUGUCCUUCUCUAGCGGCCAGGGUGGCGGGGGACUGGGGCUGGAGACACUGCCUGCCCUAGAGGAAGAGUGA